CAUGGCGGCUCCAACAAAGUUGAGCUGUAUUUGACAUUCACAUGUAUAAUACCUAAAAUUCAAGCAAAAUCGAAAGAAAAAAGUGAUAAGUGAUGUCUAGUGAGCUACAAGAAGUGCCAGUGCGGCCACCAGAAGUAGUAACUGUCUCGAUUGUUAGGUGUACUAACUUGAAAGGUUCAAAGGGAGAUGCAUUGAAUUCKCUUGUACGUGUCGAAUUUGGAAGUGUUACUCUGGGCGAAUCUUCCAAAGUUGAGGCAAACACUGAAACACGUACAACAGACUACAAUUUUAACAGUACUUUUGAGUGUUCCUUUGAAGAUGRAUCAUCUUUAGACGCUAUAGCUCACAAGCCAGUUGUUGUAACUGUGAUUGAAGUACUCCCAAAAGAUAAAAAAGGCAAAGAAGAAAAAACGAAUGUUCUUGGGCAAAGCUGUAUUGAUUUAAUUCAACUAUUGCAGGGUGAAUGCAGUUUUUCAGUAACACAACCUGUACACAGUAUUACAAGUGCUGACAGCAACCCUGAAAAUGUUUUGCCUGAGCUGGAAGUCACGGUAUCAGUUUCUCAACCUCUUUUAAAUGAGACUCAGCUUCAAGCAAGCAACCUUGUGAGUGUUCAUUUGGAUAGCAUUUAUUCAAUACCUGAAGCCAUGCAACCUGGUCAACAGUUUUUAUACACAGUUAGCCUACCUAUACCACUCUCAGCACAGAAAGAGAACACAGUUGUUUUACCCAAUGGCAUUCUGAGGGCACCAACAGAGAAAGAACCUGGUAACCAGCGUAAAUGGUGUUCUGCUCCAAGUGCCUCUGGUACUUGUCUCUACAUUCCUGAGAGUGUUGUAAAUGAAGAUAUUGUAUCUGAUGAAGAAGAUGGUGAUUUACGAGAUAAAGAGGACCAAUUGUUUCGCUAUGAAGCUAUGAAUGASAAGAACCGCAUCACUUGGAAUGCUGAAAGAAGGUGUUUUCUAGGAGCUGAGGCUUCUGAAAGCCUACAGGCCAAAAUUGCUCAGAAUAGAGUUUGGCCAGUUGAAAUUGUAAGGACACCUUUUCCACAAGCAACAAAGGCAAAAGGAAAGCAAACAGCAGUUGACGAAGAAGUUAGCAUUUCCUACCAUGGUGUAGCGUAUGUCAACAUGGCACCCUUGCUCUAUCCAGGUGUAAGCAGAAUUCGUGGCGCAUAUCUUGUCAAGCCAUUUUUAGAAAAUGAAGUUAUGGAAAAGACAAAAAGAAAAGGGAACCUUUCUGAAGAGGCAGCUCGUAUUGCAAGUGGCAUGAGUAGGACACUGGUUUCUGCGAUGGCACAAAAAACACCAGCACCAUCAAAACAAGGCAAAACUGAUGCCAAGGCUAAGCCAUCUGGAGCUGUCCUCAAACCUGAGGCUGGAUCUGAAAUUGAUUCUACUGAGGUGAAGAAUGUUGAGGGACAGCAAUAUCUUGAUGCCAGAACAUUUGUCUGCCUGGAAAUAGUGCUAUCAAAACCACUAGUACCUAAACGUCCUCCUUCAUCGUUAGCUAGAAAGGUCGCUGAAUAUAUACCACCACGCCCAGUUUUUGCUCGCAAAACAGGAGGYGCUAAAAAGGCAGUUGAGGAUUAUCACUUUCAAAUCACAAGUGUUGCCAACUCAUUGCUUGAAGAAUUUAGGCAAAUGUUUGGCGAGGAAGUGAUGGCAGGUGAUAUUCAAGAAUCAAAUGAAGCCAUGGAUCACAGGAGGAGAAAGUUUUUGUAUGAGCUCAAUACGUCUGGAAAGUAUUUUGCAUUCAAAGAACAGAUGAAGCUCAGUGUUAUCAAGCUUGUGCGUGAAAAAUAUCUCAAGACAACAGCCUUUACUGAUAAAGAUGAGUUACAUGCAUUCCUUAGUGAGCUGUAUAUAUUUCUUGUGGACCAAAUGCAUCAAGCACUUGGCAAGUUCAUAGCAGCUGAUGAUGCACCAGAAGAGCCUGCACCAAUCACUGACUCAAUCAUGUUAAAACAUUUUGCAAGAGAAGCAGAGGUGAAUCAAAAUUACGAAUUAGCUGCAAAAUACUAUCAAGAGCGUCUUGCUAGAAGUAAAAACGAUGCAGGUCAUUGGUUUGAUUAUGGAGCCUUCUGUUUGCUGAUUGGCGACAUAUCAAAGGCAGAAGAAUGCUUUAAGGAAACAAUUGCUCUCAAUCAGAAACAYGUGUCUGGUCUUCUCAUGUAYGGCUCUGUUUGUCUGAUACUUGAACGAUACGAGGAAGCCGAGACGUUCUUCGAGGCAGCUACUUGUAUUGAGCCAGAGAAUGUCAUAGCGUGGACAAUGCUUGGUUUAUAUUACGACACCAUACAAAAUGAUAUUGGGGCAGAGAGAGCUUUCCUUGAAGCCAAUCGAUUYAAUCUCCACCAUCCUGUCAAACCUGACAGACCAACGACUGCGGAAAAGACUCCCGUGGAGGAAGAAAUCGCGAAAGACGAAAGUUCGCCUACACCUGCUGCACCAGCCGAAGGGGAAGAAGGUGUUGUUAGUGAUAUUCCAGUGGUUCAAGUUGAUGGAGCCAACGUGCCUACCGCAGACGAAGACCCAACAGACACACAGCAAUCAUCACAAGAUGYACCUCCAAGCACUGCUGGAGCUCCUCCAUCAACUAACGUAUCAAAACCACCACCCACACAGUCACCAACCAACAAUACAUCCAAACCACCAUCUCCUCCUGCUAGCAAUGAAGRCARCGCACCCCCUAAGGAGGCUGUUCCUGAUAUCAUGCAAGAAGCACAGGAGAGCACUYCUAAAGAAACUAAACCUGCCGUUGGUAUCUUCCUACAGACUGCGGCUUUUUUGUUGGAGGUUAAUGGUCUUCAGUUGACAGAAUCUGCUCUAGCUCAUGAGUUAGUUGCCUGCAAUGGCGAACCUAGUGCUGAUUACUGUGUGAUGCUCGGUCGGUUAAAGAUUCAACAGGGGUUGUACGAAGAGGCAGAAGAUAAACUUAAACAGGCUAUCGUAUUGAAUCAUCAGAACCCAGACUGCUGGGGCCUUAUCGGCCACCUGAAAUACUUAAUGGGUAAGACAGAAGAAGCUCGAGAAUGCUACGAAAGGACCUUGUCAUAUGUUUCAGAGGCCUCAGAUAUGCAUGCUAUUUAUUUGAGAUUGGCAUCGAUUUACUUGGAAAAGGGGCAGUUUCAGGAAGCAAAAAAUACCUUUCUUAAAGCUUGUUCUCGAUCACCUUCCUGUGUGUCGUGGUUAGGUGUUGGUAUUGCKUGUUACAGGCUUGGCGAACUGAUGGAAGCAGAAGACGCACUUUCAGAGGCAAAUAUUCUWAAUAACAAGGAUGCUGAAGUUUGGGGUUACUUGUCGCUUGUAUGCCUAAAUACUGCAAGACAAGUUGAGGCUGAGCAGGCUUAUAAAUACGCUCUCAAGCUCAAUUUGAAGGACGACAAUCUUUUAACCGAAAUCCACCAAGUACAAGAACGCGUUGGCUUUGGAAACCCGAUCGUUGUGUAGAUAAUAUUGUUAAUGUGGUAUUUAUAACUAUUGUAAUUAGCUUUUUAAAACAACUUAAUCGAUUAAAACAAAUAAUAUGUAGUGCUA